AUGGUGGGUGAAGGUCCUUACCUCAUCUCGGAUCUGGACCGGAGAGGCCAGAGGAGAUCCUUUGCAGACAGAUAUGACCCCAGCCUGAAGACCAUGAUUCCAGUGCGACCCUAUGCAAGACUGGCAUCCAACCCAGUGGAUGACGCAGGCUUGCUCUCCUUUGCUACAUAUUCCUGGCUCACACCGGUGAUGCAGAGAAGCUACAAGCACACGCUCACUGUGGACACCCUGCCCCCACUGUCACCCUAUGACUCAUCUGACACCAAUGCCAAAAGAUUCCGAGUCCUUUGGGAUGAGGAGGUAGAAAAAGUGGGUGCUGAGAAGGCCUCUCUGGGCCGAGUGGCCUGGAAAUUCCAGAGGACCCGUGUGCUGAUGGAUGUCAUAGCUAAUAUCCUCUGCAUCGUCAUGGCAGCCCUCGGGCCUACGGUUCUCAUUCACCAAAUCCUCAAGUACACGGAGAGUACCUCUGGGAGAGUCUGGGUUGGCAUCAGCCUAUGCCUGGCUCUUUUUGCCACUGAGUUUACCAAGGUCCUCUUUUGGGCCCUUGCCUGGGCCAUAAAUUACCGCACAGCCAUCCGGUUGAAGGUGGCCCUUUCCACUCUGGUUUUUGAAAACCUGGUGUCCUUCAAGACAUUGACACACAUCUCUGCUGGAGAGGUGCUCAACGUACUAUCAAGUGAUAGCUAUUCCUUGUUUGAAGCUGCUUUAUUUUGUCCCUUGCCAGCCACCAUUCCCAUCCUAAUGGUCGUUUGUGCAGUGUAUGCCUUUUUCAUUCUGGGGCCCACAGCUUUCAUUGGGAUAUCAGUAUAUCUCAUAUUCAUCCCAAUCCAGAUGUUUAUGGCUAAACUCAAUUCAACUUUCCGAAGAUCAGCAAUUUCUGUGACAGACAAGCGAGUUCAGACAAUGAAUGAGUUUCUAACCUGCAUCAAACUGAUUAAAAUGUACGCUUGGGAGAAAUCAUUUACAAACACCAUUCAAGAUAUAAGAAAGAGGGAAAGAAAAAUCCUGGAAAAAGCUGGCUAUGUCCAAAGUGGAAACUCGGCCCUGGCCCCCAUUGUAUCCACCAUUGCCAUUGUGUCCACUUUCACCUGCCACGUUCUCCUGAAGCGCAAGCUCACCGCCCCUGUGGCAUUUAGUGUGAUUGCCAUGUUUAAUGUAAUGAAGUUUUCGAUUGCAAUUUUGCCUUUCUCGGUCAAAGCAGCGGCCGAAGCCAGAGUCUCUCUAAAGAGAAUGAAGAAAAUUCUCAUAGCUAAAAGCCCCCCAUCUUACAUCACUCAACCAGAAGAUCCAGACAUUAUGUUGUUUUUGGCAAAUGCCACUUUGACAUGGGAACAAGAAGCCUGCCUGAAAGAUGAUCCAAAGAAAAUGAAAAACCGGAAAAAGCAAUUGUUCAAGAAACAGAGGCCAGACAUAUACAGUGAGCCGAGUCCAUCUGCCCAGGAAGUUGCUAGCACAGAGGAGCAAAGUGGCAGCCCCAAAUCAGUUCUGCACAACAUAAACUUUGUGGUGAGAAAGGGGAAGGUCCUGGGAAUCUGUGGGAAUGUCGGAAGUGGGAAGAGCUCCCUCAUCUCAGCUCUCCUAGGACAGAUGCAGUUACAGAGAGGAGUUGUGGCGGUCAAUGGAUCUCUGGCUUAUGUUUCACAGCAAGCAUGGAUCUUUCAUGGAAAUGUGAGAGAAAACAUAUUAUUUGGAGAAAAGUACAAUCACCAAAGGUAUCAGCACACAGUCCGUGUCUGUGGCCUCCAGAAGGAUCUCAGCAACCUCCCUUAUGGAGACCUGACUGAGAUCGGGGAGCGGGGUCUCAACCUCUCUGGGGGGCAGAGGCAGAGGAUCAGCCUGGCCCGUGCUGUCUACUCCGACCGUCAGCUCUACCUGCUGGAUGAUCCCCUGUCAGCUGUGGAUGCCCACGUGGGGAAGCAUGUCUUUGAGGAGUGCAUUAAGAAGACACUCAAGGGGAAGACGGUUGUCCUUGUGACCCAUCAGCUGCAGUUCUUAGAGUACUGUGAUGAAGUCAUUUUGUUAGAAGAUGGAGAGAUCUGUGAGAAGGGGACCCACAAGGAGUUGAUGGAGGAGAGAGGGAAUUAUGCGAAACUGAUUUACAACCUCCGAGGGUUGCAGUUCCAGGAUCCUGAGCACAUUUACAACACAGCCAUGGUAGAAGCCCGGAAGGAGAGCUCUGCCCGGAAAGAUGAAGAUGCUGGUAUAGUCAGACUAAUAAUCCCACUCUGCCUACUGCCCUUGAUCAUGAAUGGACAUAGACUUCUAUUUCUCAUCUUAGUUUCAGCUCCAGGAGAUGAGAAAGUUGAUGGAAAAGAACAUGAAACUGAAUCAGAGCUUGCAGACAUGAAAGCUCCUGAGCACCAGCUCAUCCAGUCUGAGUCCCCCCAGGAAGGAAUCGUGACCUGGAGGACAUAUCACGCAUACAUUAAGGCUUCUGGAGGGUAUCUCCUCUCUUUCGUUGUGGUGUCCCUCUUCUUCCUGAUGAUGGGCAGCUCUGCCUUCAGUGCCUGGUGGCUGGGUCUUUGGUUAGACAAGGGCUCACAGAUCAUGUGUGGGCCCCAUGGCAAUAGGAGCACAUGUGAGGUUGGUGCGAUCAUGGCAGGCACGGGGCAUCACAUGUACCAGCGAGUGUAUGCAGCAAGCAUGGUAUCUGUGGUGGUGUUUGGCAUCAUCAAGGGUAUCACCUUCACCAAGACGGCUCUGAAGGCAUCCUCCUCACUGCAUGACAGAGUGUUCCACAAGAUCUUAAAGAGCCCAAUGAGCUUCUUUGACACCACACCUACUGGCAGGCUAAUGAACCGCUUUUCCAAAGAUAUGGACGAGCUGGAUGUCAGGCUGCCGUUUCACGCGGAGAACUUUCUGCAGCAGUUUUUUAUGGUGGUGUUUAUUCUGGUGAUAUUGGCUGCUGUGUUUCCUGUUGUCCUUUUGGUCCUGGUUAUCCUUGCUAUAGUCUUCUCCCUUCUCUUACGGAUUUUCCACCGAGGAGUCCAGGAGCUGAAGCAGGUGGAGAACAUCAGCCGGUCACCCUGGUUCUCCCACAUCACCUCUUCCAUGCAGGGCCUUGGGGUCAUUCAUGCCUACAACAAAACGGAGGACUGCAUCAACAACCACCUCCUCUACUUCAACUGUGCUCUCAGGUGGUUUGCUCUGAGGAUGGAUGUGCUCAUGAACAUCGUCACCUUCAUUGUGUCCUUGUUGGUGACUCUGAGUUUCUCCUCUAUCAGUGCUUCAUCUAAAGGCUUGUCGUUAUCUUACAUCAUACAGCUGAGUGGACUGCUCCAGGUGUGUGUGCGCACAGGAACGGAGACGCAGGCCAAGUUCACCUCUGUGGAACAGUUAAGGGAGUAUAUUUUGACCUGUGUUCCUGAACGUACUCAUCCCCUCAGAGAGGGGUCCUGUCCCAAAGACUGGCCAAGCCGAGGAGAGAUAACGUUCAAAGACUACCACAUGAGAUACAGAGCUAACACUCCCUUGGUUCUCAAUGGGUUGAAUUUGAGCAUCCAGAGUGGACAGACUGUUGGGAUCGUUGGGAGAACAGGUUCUGGAAAGUCAUCCCUGGGAAUGGCCUUGUUCCGUCUGGUGGAGCCAGCCAGUGGCACCAUCUCCAUUGAUGAGGUGGAUAUCUGCACUGUGGGUCUGGAGGAGCUCCGAAGCAAGUUGACCAUGAUCCCCCAGGACCCUAUCCUGUUUGUAGGUACAGUAAGGUUCAACCUGGAUCCCUUUGGGAGUCACAGCGAUGAAGUGCUCUGGCAGGUUCUGGAAAGAACAUUCAUGAGAGACACAAUAAUGAAACUCCCAGAAAAAUUACAAGCAGAAGUCACAGAAAGUGGGGAAAACUUCUCAGUGGGGGAACGUCAGCUACUUUGUAUGGCCCGAGCACUUCUCCGUAAUUCAAAAAUCAUUCUUCUUGAUGAAGCCACUGCCUCCAUGGACUCCAAGACAGACACUCUUGUUCAGAGCACCAUCAAAGAUGCCUUCAAAGGCUGCACGGUGUUGACCAUUGCCCACCGCCUGAACACGGUUCUCAACUGUGACAUUGUCUUGGUCAUGGAAAAUGGCAAGGUGAUUGAGUUUGACAAGCCUGAAGUCCUUGCGGAGAAGCCAGAUUCAGCAUUUGCAAUGCUACUAGCAGCAGAAGUUGGGUUGUAAAGGUCCAGGUAGCUGACUUAAGAGAAAGAUGAGGAGGAGGGUGAGGAGGAGGAGAAGGAGGAGGAUGUGUAGGAGGAGGAGGAGGAGGAGUUU